AUGAAGUGGUUGCUCUGUUUGGUGACGAUUUGUGCGAUUGGAUCGCUUGGGGAGGGUCGCGAUAUCCGGUACGAGAUUCCGGCCGAGGUUCCGGAAACUGGAAAUUUUGCAACCGCUUGCUCGGUCCGUACAACUGGUGAUCUUCCACGGCCGCAACCUCUGAUUCUGAUCCCAGGCACGGAUCAGUUUCGCUAUCCAAGCACGAGCAAUGGUCUGCUGGAGCUGAACGCUGGCGAAACGCUGGAACUCGCAUGUCAGGAUGGAUUUGCCCUGUUCCCUGGCAAAACCACCAUCACGAUCACCUGCGUCAUCAACGAUCAGUUUAACUACGACAGUCAGAUGAUAGCGUUCCGGGACUUUGCCUGCACGGAGAACUGGUUGAGCACCGCACGCCGUACCAACCAGCAAUGUUUCAACGGUGCUAGAAUCGUGGAGAUUGGCUUUAAUGUGGGCCAACGGUUCCCAAAAAUCUUGGACGUGUGCCACGACGAGGUGACGUUCGACAACCACUAUCUAAUACACGAGUUUACCCCGGCGAAUGCAGGAUUCCAGCAAGGCGUACCGCGACCCGGCUGGUACCAGGGUGACUUCUACACGGGCGUUAACAUUAAUGGGCUCUACACGGUCAACACGCAGCGCGCGACCAUUGCGACCAUCCUGAACUCGCAGCCACGAGCGGACGAACUCGUGCAGGGCACGGACAAUGGUAUCUUCAUGGCCCGUGGUCACAUCGCGGCACGAGCAGACUUUAUCUACGGAACGCAGCAGAACGCCACCUUCUGGUUCCUGAACGCUGCCCCACAGUGGCAAAACUUCAACGCCGGCAAUUGGGAGCGCAUCGAGGCAGCGGCCAAAACGUUCGUGGCGUCUCGCAACAUCCGCGUUCGCGUGUAUGGUGGAACGUACGGUGUCCAAACGCAGGCCAAUGGUAAUGGAGAUCAUCGCGAGAUCUUCCUAAACUUUGAUCCGAACGGACGAUCCCGGGUACGUGCGCCGAAGGUGUACUACAAGAUCCUGCACAACGAAGCCCAAAACUCGGGCAUCGUGCUGAUCGGUGUGAACAACGUGCACAUCUCGCUGGAGGAGAUCCGCCGGGACUACAUCUUCUGCACGGACGUGAGCAGUCGCAUCGGAUGGAUUAACUGGGAGCGCGAAAACAUUGCACUCGGCUAUUCGUACGCCUGCGAGGUGAAUGAGUUCAACCGUGUGACUGGCCAUCUGCCACAGUUGAACGUAGCGAGCCUUUCAAUUGAUACCCGAGACUCGAACAGUAACAAUAUGUUAGGCCAAGUUCUUGCCGUAUGUUGUCUGGUUGUAGUGAGCCACCUUCACGCUGCGGUUGCUCGUGAUGUCCCCAAAUCGGUAGAGGUUUUCCAGUCCGGUGGAUGUACCGUCCCGUUUGCUUCCCUGCCGUAUCCACAGCAACCGCUCAUACUGAUUCCAGGAUCGGAGAAAUUCUGGCACCCGCAGGAUGAAACGCGACAGGUGCUUUUCCCACUGGGUGCCCCGGUGGAGUUGGUGUGUCAGGACGGGUUUCAAUUGUUCCCCGAGAAACGUUCCAUCACAAUCGAGUGUGUGCUGAAUGAUACGUUUAGCUACGAUGGGCAGACGUAUCCCAUGCGGGACUUGGCCUGCACAUCUUAUUGGUUAAGCUCGGCCCGGAACACACAGGAACGCUGCUUCAACGGCUCAGUGAUAGUGAAUGUUGGCUUUGAGCUAUCGGCAAACCGGUGGGUCAAUGUGUUUGAUGUGUGUUACGAUGAGAUGCUGUACCAUACGCACUUCGUGCGCCAUCACAUGAACCGUGCCAAUGGAGGCUAUCAGUCCGGCAAUCCCCGUCCCUCCUGGUAUCAGGGUGCGUACUACACGGGAGUGAACAUCAACACCUUGUACACCGUCAACACGCAGCGGGAAACGAUAGCUACGAUACUAAACUCCCAGUCCAGAGCAGACGAGCUGGUCCAGAACACCAACAACGGCAUCUACAUGGCCCGGGGACACAUCGCCGCCCGUGUUGACUUUAUCUACGGCACCGAGCAGAACGCCACCUUCUGGUUUUUGAAUGCCACCCCGCAGUGGCAAAACUUUAACGGUGUCAACUGGGAGCGUGUGGAGGCUUCGAUUCGCGACUUUGUCGGCGGGCGCGACAUGGAACUCACCGUGUACAGUGGCACGUACGGUGUGCAGAAGUUGGCGGACGGCAAUGGAGAUUACCAGGAGAUCUGGCUAGACUUCGAGCCGACCGAGGGUCGUCGGCGGGCACCGGCCCCGAUGCUGUACUACAAGAUCCUGCACGAUGAGCGUGCCAAUGCGGGCAUCGUGAUCGUCGGUGUGAACAACGUGCACAUACCGACCGACGUCAUCCUGCGCGAGUACGUGCUGUGCAAGGAUAUUGGCGAUCAGGUCGAUUGGAUCGACUGGCAGCGUACGAACGUUACGAUCGGGUACUGUUACGCGUGCGAGGUGAACGAAUUCAACGCCGCCAUCGGUAAGCCGCAUCCGCAGCUGAACGUGGCCAAGCUGCUCACGAGCGGCGCUGGCAAACGGUUCGUACUCUCGCUCUGGGCCACAUUUGCCGGCCUCGGGCUGCAUGGUGUUUUAUUUUUCGUCCGGUUCACCCUGCGUGUUGCUGCGUGA